AUGAAUAUUGCACGAACGAGAAAGGCAUACAAAGCAAUCUGGAGUCUAAUUGCACUCAUGGGAGCUACACUCCAGAGCUCGGACAAUGGUGCAAACCCAGGUGGAAUCUAUAGCUUUGAAAAUUAUCCUGUGGAUACGACUGAAAUAGAUAUAUAUUCCCAAGGCAUUACAUCUAUUGACAGCGAUAUUAAGAGACUAGUGAAACUAGAGAAGCUGGAUCUCAGUGUUAACAAUCUCGAGACAUUACCACCUGAGAUAGGAGAGCUGAAGGAUCUAAAGAUGCUAUAUCUUAAUGGUAACGAGCUCGGAACAUUGCCACCCGAGAUAAGAAGACUAGAAAAAUUGCAAUGCCUGUAUCUUCGUAAUAACAAACUAAAGUUAUUGCCCAUCGAAAUAGGAGAGUUGAAGAAUUUGCAGGCAUUGGAUCUCAAUGGUAACAAACUCGAAACACUGCCAGCUGAGAUAGGAGAGCUGGAGAAUCUGCAGUACUUAGAUCUCAAUGGUAAUGAACUCGAAACAUUACCACUUGAGAUAGGGGAGCUAAAGAAUCUACGGUAUCUGAAUCUUGGUAAUAACAAGCUUGGGAUACUAUCAACUGUGAUAAAAAAACUAAAGAAUCUAGAAAUACUGUGUCUUAGUAAUAACGAAUUUGAAUUAUUACCAUCUGAGAUAGUAGAGCUAGAGAAACUGCAAUGCCUGUAUCUCCAUGGUAACAAACUAAAGUUAUUGCCCAUCGAAAUAGAAGGCUUGGAGAAUUUACAGGAAUUGGAUCUCAAUGGUAACGAGCUCGAAACAUUACCAGCUGUAAUAUGGAAGCUGAAGAAUUUAAAGACAUUGCGUUUUGGUUAUAACAAACUCGAGACAUUGCCAGUUGAGAUAGUAGAGCUAGAGAAACUGCAAUUCCUGUAUCUCCAUGGUAACAAACUAAAGUUAUUGCCCAUCGAAAUAGAAGGCUUGGAGAAUUUACAGGAAUUGGAUCUCAAUGGUAAUGAACUCGAAACAUUACCACUUGAGAUAGGGGAGCUAAAGAAUUUAAAGACAUUGCGUCUCUGUUAUAACAAACUUGAGACACUGCCAGUUGAGAUAGGAGAGCUGUCCGGUUCAUUGCAAUUUCUGGACUUAAGAGGCAAUAACAUUUUAGAGGAAGGAGAUGGAAAAAGGACUCUGGGCAAGAAAGAACUGAGCGAGAUAUUUGAAGAUCGUGUUGUGUUUGAUGGAGUAUCUCACAAGGAUGAUAGUGAGGCAAUUAUUGAAUAA